AGCGCUCGAGUGUCGUUGUCCGCUGCGCCGGAAGUUCCUAGCGGGGCCUGGCGGUAACCUUCGGGGCGUCACUGUAGUUGCCGCUGCUGCUGCAGUGGGCUUUGCGGGGCUGAACCUCGGCGGGGCUAGGCUCCUUAACUGCCGAGAGUCGCCAGGUUUGCGGUGGAGGACGCUGAGGCGCGUGGGGGGCAGGCACACGGGCGCAGGGCCUCCCAGCCGACAUGUCUCUAGUGGCGGAAGCCUUCGUCUCCCAGAUUGCAGCUGCAGAACCUUGGCCUGAAAAUGCUACAUUAUAUCAGCAAUUGAAAGGGGAGCAAAUUUUACUUUCUGACAAUGCAGCUUCUCUUGCAGUGCAGGCCUUUUUGCAAAUGUGUAACUUGCCUAUCAAAGUAGUUUGUAGGGCAAAUGCAGAAUAUAUGUCUCCAUCUGGUAAAGUACCUUUUAUUCAUGUGGGGAAUCAAGUAAUAUCAGAACUUGGUCCAAUAGUCCAAUUUGUUAAAGCCAAGGGCCAUUCUCUUAGUGAUGGGCUGGGUGAAGUCCAAAAAGCAGAAAUGAAAGCUUACAUGGAAUUAGUCAACAAUAUGCUGUUGACUGCAGAGCUAUAUCUUCAGUGGUGUGAUGAAGCUACAGUAGGAGAGAUCACUCAUGCUAGGUAUGGAUCUCCUUACCCUUGGCCUCUGAAUCAUAUUUUGGCCUAUCAGAAACAGUGGGAAGUCAAGCGUAAGAUGAAAGCUAUUGGAUGGGGAAAGAAGACUCUGGACCAGGUCAGUUCAGGUUGAAAUUGAC